CCAGCCGAAAGGAAGCGGGCGUCCCUAUCUGCCCCUGAUGGACAGGGACUGGGACCGGACGGGGUUCCGGAUCCGGGAGGCGAGGGGGCGGUCUUGAUGGAAGGAUUUGAUGGUCAACUGGGGCGUGGACGCAGAUGAUCCUUUUCUGAUGUUAGAAGGUCAGUAGUAGCCUAACGCUACAUCACUGUGCCUCAGUCACUCACCUUACCUCAUCUCAUCAUGUAGGCAUUUUAUCAUCUCACAUCGUCACAAGAAAGGUGCCUAUUGGAAUUUAUAUUCAUCCACCUUUUUUUAAUGUAAGGAGGGAAAAUGACUGCUGGUUCAGUGUGUGUCCCUCAGAUCAUACCACUGCGAGUGCCUCCACCUGGAAAAGCCAACCAUGAAAUUGAUAACAAUACACUUUUAGAAAUGAAAUCAGACACCCCAGAUGUCAACAUAUAUUAUACGCUGGAUGGCAGCAAACCUGAAUUUCUGAAGAGAAUCGGUUAUCGUGAAAACAAUACAUUUAAGUAUACGAAGCCUAUUACUCUGCCUGAUGGAAAAAUACAAGUUAAAGCUAUUGCAGUCUCUAAGGACUGCAGACAGAGUGGCAUUGUAACAAAGGUGUUUCAGGUGGGCUAUGAGCCACCAAAUGCAGUGUCUUCUGAAGACAAUGUUGAAAAUAUUCUCAAAGAUUCUUCAAAGCAGGAAUUGAAAAAUGGGUUUGUUGGGUCAAAACUACGGAAGAAAUGUAAGAAUGCUGAAAAUAAACAGGGUUGGAAGGUUAACCUUAGAAAGUCUCCAAGUAUGACAUGGCAGGACGAAGACCUUGAGGUAGGUGAAAGAACUGACUCUAAAACAUGGAAAGAUCUUCGUUUCUCAGAGGGUCCACUGGAAAUCCCACCUUACCAUGAAGAAUCAGGUUCUAGACCACCCACCCGCCAGUCUCAGUUCCCUAGUUUUGCACACAUAACUGGCCAGAAGAGUUUGACAAGCACAGAGAUCAUGAGAAUUCAAAGACAGACAGACUUUCUCAAGUGUGCCCACUGCCUGGCCCCCCGCCCAUCUGACCCCUUUGCUCGCUUCUGUCAAGAAUGCGGCUCUCCUGUCCCGCCCAUAUUUGGCUGUCGUCUCCCACCCCCAGAAGGAGCUCAGAUGGGCUUAUGUGCAGAGUGUGGAAACAUGGUGCCCAUGAACACUCCCAUCUGUGUGGUGUGUGAGGCCUCUCUUACUCUACAGCUGCAGCCACAGGCCAGCCUCCGCUUGAAGGAGAAAAUAAUCUGCCGCACCUGUGGCACAGGGAAUCCAGCUCACCUGAAAUACUGUGUCACCUGUGAGGGAGCCCUGCUGUCAUCACAGGAGCAGCCCAUGCGCAGUGGAGAUAAAGCCCCUCCUCCCCCCACUCAGAAAGGGGAGACCAUUGCCUGCUCCAAGUGUGGUCGCAGGAAUCGCCCGGAAGCUUGCUUCUGUGACUGGUGUGGAGCCACGCCAGGCAUUUCUGCCUGCUACUCCGUUUGCCCCAAAUGUGGGGCCAGCAAUCACCCAUCUGCCCGAUUCUGUGGUUCCUGUGGUAUUUAUGUGAAGUCCUUGGCAAGACUUAGCAUGGAUAACAGCCUGGCUCUUGCCGCUGGAGAACUUCGCCCUUUUGCUGAGCCCCGAUCUGCCUGGCAGUCCCUAAAUGUUCCUUUGCUCAGACCUGAGGCUGGGACUCGGAAGGAUGUGGGCACACAGACUACUGGCCUGUUCUACCCAUCUGGUGCGCUACUAGCCAAAAAGGAACUGGAAAUGGCUUCUCAAAAGCAGAGGCAGGAGAAAAUGAGUGACCAUAAACCUCUCCUCACAGCUGUCAGCCCAGGAAGAGGGUACUGGAGAAAACAGUUGGAUCAUAUCUCUGCUCACCUCAGGUCUUAUGCUCAGAACAACCCUGAGUUCAGGGCUUUGAUUGCAGAACCCAGAAUGGGAAAGCUUAUCUCUGCUACUGUCCAUGAAGAUGGCUAUGAAGUUAGCAUCCAGCUUAAUUACAUUCAAGUAUCAAACAAGGUGAGGAACCUGAGGUUCAGAGAAAUUAAGCAACUUGCUUCUUCCAAGGUCCCUAAACUAAACCUUUACCUCAGCAAGGCUGUGGAUUUCAGCAGCCACUUCCUGAGCAGUGUCACUGAGGGUGGUAAUGGGCCAUUUGGCAGCAGGUCCAGCCUGGUGAGCAACUAUAGCCAGAGCACCUCCGAUACCACUGAAAACAUCAAGAGGGCAAAGAAUUUCAAGACCAAAACAUUUCAAGAAAAGGAGCAGCUCACACCUGAAAACAGGCUCCUGCUGAAGGAAGUGGGACCGACAGGGGAAGGAAGAGUCUCUGUGAUUGAACAGCUGCUCGAUGAGGGAGCAGAUCCCAACUGCAGGGACAGUGAGGAGCGACCCCUUAUAACCAUGGCUGUUGUGAAUAAGCACCACGAAGCGAUUCCGGUUCUUGUGCAGAGAGGAGCAGACACCGAGCAGCGGUGGGGACCGCUCCGAAAUACAGCUCUUCAUGAAGCAACCCUCCUUGGCCUGGCGGGAAGGGAGUGCGUCGCUGCUUUACUGCGAUGCAAUGCAGGCAUCCAAAAGAAGAACACGAGUGGCCAGACAGCAUAUGACCUGGCUCUGAAAACUGGGGAUGAGGUCAUCACCUCACUCUUUGCUGCUAAGCUCGGCCUGGAUGACUCUUAGACCCAAGAGCCUGCGCGGGACCUGAUUUCAAGAAACCAUCCAGCUCUAGCUGUUCUUUGUUUCUUUCUGAGAUGUGUUAUUUGUGGUUUGGAAAUUGAGGUUGAGAGGAACGCAUAAGAUUUUUUUUUUUUUUUUAAUAUGACAGUGUAAGCCACCAUGUGGGCAUUUCCCAAUAUGCUCUGGAUGGUGACGAAUUUAACAUAUGUUUUUUAAAGGGUCUGUUGCUGCUUAUUUUGGAAUUUUCUUUAAAAUUUAUUUUUCAAUAGAUAAUUGCACAUGGUUCAAAGCUAAACAGUAUGAAGUGUUAAGUAGUAAAAACUCUGCCAUCCCUGUCCCACAGCCACCCACGUCCCCUCCUCAGAGGCUCCAAUGAUACCAGUGUCAUCUGCGUCUUUCCAGAAAUAGUAGAGGAUUAUAUAAGCACAUGUGCGUAAUAUAUGCAUAUGUACAUAUAGGGUAUGUAUAAAAUACAAAUACAGAGAACAGAUAUAUUCUUUCUCCUCUUUUAAGACAAGUACUAGCAAACUACACACCCGUCUGAUGUUUUACAUCUUGUUCUAUUCCUUAAUAUCUCUUGUAGGUGGUUCCAAAUUAGUACAUUAAGAUUAACUUUAUCUAAAGACUUUCAUUUCUAAUGUGAAAUAUUCCCAUUGUUGUGGUUUGUUCUCCGGUUGACAAACAAGCUUUGAAUAAGCCCAUGUGCAGGAAUGUGCAAUUUUGACUCACUCAUUUUUUCAGACUGUUAUUUCAGUCUUUGGGUGAUAACGCUGCAAUCGUGGAGUCCCUAAAUAGUUCCUGUUAAACUAUGUUGACAGAGUAUCUGUUAGUUUAGAAUGAAUAAUUCAGCACAAUAAAUAAUAGACCUGG